UCUCCACCGAUACGGGAACGCGCGCACACUUUGGACUUGGAGACAAGACAAGCAACAAGACUGACUGCACUACUUUUGACGAAGUCGGAGGGGAAAAAAAAACAAAACAAGAUUUAUCGCGUGCCACCUUCCUGACAUUAGAAGCAUGCAGCACUACGGCGUGAACGGCUACUCGCUGCACGCCAUGAACUCCCUGAGCGCCAUGUACAACCUCCACCAGCAGGCGGCGCAACAGGCGCAGCACGCGCCCGACUACAGGCCCUCCGUGCACGCGCUCACCUUGGCCGAGCGUCUCGCUGACAUCAUCCUGGAGGCUCGUUACGGCUCUCAGCACCGCAAACAGCGCCGGAGCCGCACGGCCUUCACCGCUCAGCAGCUGGAGGCCCUGGAGAAGACCUUCCAGAAGACGCACUACCCCGACGUGGUGAUGCGGGAGCGGCUGGCCAUGUGCACCAACCUGCCCGAGGCCCGCGUGCAGGUUUGGUUCAAGAACCGCAGAGCCAAGUUCCGCAAGAAGCAACGCAGCCUCCAGAAGGAGCAGUUGCAGAAACAGAAGGAAACGGGCGCCGAAGGAGGAGCUGAGAAGGAGGACGUUCCUGCACCCUCCCCCACCGUCCUUCCUGACCCGCAGUUACCUCCAUCCACCUCCGCUUCUCUGGACACAGAAGGUCCGGCGGUGCGCCCGGUCCCGCCGGACAUGGAACUGAAUGUCACGUCGGCCGAGCAGUCCGGCAGCGAGUCUGCGACGGAGGACAACGCCACAGAUAAGGAGGAUGAGAAUAAAUGUCAGCACAGCGAGAGAGCGCUGACACCGGGAGACGUGUCUUCACCCUGCAGAAGACUCAGCCCUAAAGCAGACUCACCUCUCGUCUCUCCGUCCGUGACGACCUCCUCGUCCAGCGGCGGCAGCGGCCUGGCUGGCGGUGGCGGCGCCGGUCCGCUCUCCCAGAACCACUCGUACUCCUCCUCCCCCCUGAGCCUGUUUCGCCUGCAGGAGCAGUUCCGCCAGCACAUGGCCGCCACCAACAACCUAGUGCACUACCCUGCUUUCGACCUGGCCGCCCCCUCUUCGCUCCCCUACCUGGGGAUGAACGUCAACAUGCCCCCGGCGCCGCUAGGCACUCUCCCCUGCCAGUCUUACUACCAGUCGCUGUCCCAUCAUGCCCAGCAGGUUUGGAACAGCCCGCUGCUGCAGGCGUCGGCCGCGGGGGGACUGAGCAGCCACAACAGCAAGACCACCAGCAUUGAGAACCUGCGGCUGAGGGCCAAACAGCAUGCCGCCUCCUUGGGACUAGACACCUUGUCCAACUGAGAGUUCCACUUGGAUGGAAAGCUUCGGUCAGCGUCUGAAGCUAAAUGUUCUCCUCCUCGCGUAGACAAAGCGAGGAAAGGGGGGACGGCAUGCACAACUUAGUGAAGAAGCAUCAACGGCUGCUGCUUUGAACUCGAGAUAAAAAAAUCAGUGAAACCUUGGGGAAAGAAUAUGAGAAGUGAACAAACACAAAGGGAACGCUUUGACUCAAGGACGCUGAUGAUUUAAGUCUUAAAAAAAAAA